CGCGGAACUGGAACUCGAUAACAAGAUGUCCAAUGAGGAACUUGUAGGACAACACGAUGCCCAUUCUUUAAGUGAGUGUGCUGCUACCUGUCAGAAAGAUUGUGGUUUCUUCGGGUACAAUCCUACGCUGAAGAAGUGCCGGACCCACAAGAAGGCCUUCACUUCCGGAAUGUCGGACGAAAACGGAUGGCGGUAUUAUUUUCCGGAAUCUCCCCCUUCAGAUUGCAAGGAUCUUCGUGACAAUGGUUAUGAUAAAUCGGACGUGUACGAUAUUUACCCAUACGGGAUAAAGUCCAUUCCGGUAAAAGUUCACUGUAACAUUGAUAUAAUGGGCGGCGGGUGGACGGCAAUCCAAAAACGAUUCAAUGGGUCCGUGAGCUUUGACAGGAACUGGACAGACUACAAAAAUGGUUUUGGCAAACCGGAACAAGAAGUUUGGAUUGGAAAUGACGUAAUCGAUCAAUUAACAAAAGAAAACACCUCAUCCCUGUAUGUGACAAUAACUCUACAGAAUGGUACAACACUUUAUGAAAUGUACGAUGGAUUCUCUGUCUCCAAUGAAGCUGGAGAAUAUCAACUCUUUCUUGCAGGACCUGCCUCGGGAACUUUAGGAGACAGCAUGAGAAGCCACGAUCUGUCUGGGAUGUCCUUCAGUACCCCGGACAGAGAUAACGACAAAGCUGGAUAUAACUGUGCUUUUGACAGUAACAAAAGAGGAGGGUGGUGGUUCAACGCCUGUCAUGACGCCUUCCUUAACGGUCAAUGGUCCCCGGCACGCUGGUCCUACCCAUGGUCUCCCACAGUACAGUACGGGACAUCAGUGAAGGGGACCACCAUGAUGAUCAGACGGAACUAG